UAUAGAUACUCAACCACAGGUUCCACUAUCACACUUCUGUCGUUUCCACACCAACCUUAAAAUUUCCAUCUUUGUAGCCGCCAUUCUCAGAAUGUUUCAAACUUUCCCGGAAGUUUUCCAAUUUCACUUAACACUAGUUUCAGUCGCAGCAUAGCUGAAAACCAUUGUUGUGUUCAUUGAUGGAAGAAGGAAGAGCCGUGGCGGACAAGAAAGUGACAAAGAACGAGGUUGUUCUUCGAAUUUCAGACACCGGAGAAGCCAUGUAUGGAAAGAAGGAGCAAGCAGAUUGUAGAAGUUUCCCCGUAGCUGAAAGCACUUCCCUUUCUCCGCAGAACAAUACCCAAAUGGGUAAAGGGUUCAGAGAUUUACGUGCUACACUCACAGGGCUUGAGAAUGUGAGAAAGGGUCAAGUUUCCUCGGAGUCGGUAACAAUAGCAAGUGCUCGAAGGUUGAUGGGUCGGUCGGAAUUUUCGAAGCCGAAGUCCAGAAUGGUGGAGCCACCGCAUCCAAAAGAUGCAAACUUUGUUGAAGGAAAGGGUCAAAUGAAAAGUCCCAAUUCAUCUGCAAGGAAUUCUCCUAACAAGAGUGCUGCAGUUAUUUCUCCAAGGGAUGGUAUUGUUCUUGAAGCAACAACUAUUGUUACCCCGAGAGCCCCCUUGCUUGGGACUCCAGGGGAAGAAGAAGAUGAAGAUGAAGAAGUGUACAAGACUGCAAAUAUUGAAGUGAGUAAGAGAUCUGGUAAGAAGUGGAGAGUAUUGGGUUUUGUUGAGUGGUUUGCUUUAGUUUGCUUAGUGGGGUUUUUUAUUGCAACCUUGACUGUUCAUAAGUUGCAACAAAGGACAAUUUGGGGUUUGGAACUGUGGAAAUGGUGUGUGUUGGUACUGGUUAUACUAUGUGGUAGAUUGGUCACUGAGUGGUUUAUCAAUGUUCUGGUUUUUCUGACUGAGAGGAACUUCUUGUUUAAGAAGAAGGUUUUAUAUUUUGUUUAUGGUGUGAAGAGCAGUGUUCAGGCCUUUAUAUGGCUAGGUUUGGUUCUUUUGACAUGGGACCUGCUUUUCAACCAUGGAGUGAAGAGAACCAGCAGAGUUACUAGGAUUCUAAAUUACAUUACUAGGACCCUUGGUUCUUGUCUUAUUGGAGCAGCUAUAUGGUUGGCAAAACAAUUGUUGAUAAAGCUGUUAGCUUCAAAAUUUCAAUCUACUAGGUUUUUUGACAGGGUGCAAGAAUCAAUUUUUCAUCAAUACAUUCUGAGGAUUCUCUCGGGUCCUCCCUCGAUGGAGAUGGCCGAAAAAGUAGGCAAUACUUCGAGUAGUGGCCGGCUCAGUUUUAAGACCAUGACUAAUGAGAAUGAAGGGGAGAAAGAACAAGUCAUUGAUGUAGAGAAGCUCAAGAAAAUGAAACAAGAGAAGGUUUCUGCUUGGACUAUGAAAGGGUUGAUUAAUGUGAUAAGGAGUUAUGGGUUGUCUACCAUGUCCUAUUCGCCAAAUAGUGCCGAUGAAGAUGAGAUUGACCAGAAAGAUUAUGAAAUUACUAGUGAGUGGGAAGCAAAGGCAGCUGCUUAUCAAAUUUUCAGGAAUGUAGCCAAACAAGGAAACAAGUAUAUUGAGAUGGAUGACCUCUUGAGAUUCAUGAAAAAGGAAGAAGUGGAAAAUGUGCUUCCACUAUUUGAAGGGGGAGUUGCGACUGGAAGAAUUAAGAGGAAGUCUCUGAAGAACUGGCUGGUGAAAGUCUAUCUUGAACGCCGAUCACUUGUACAUUCACUAAAUGAUACCAAUACAGCAGUUGAUGACUUGAAUAUGCUUGCUUCUGUAAUUGUGCUUAUUGUGAUCAUUAUUGUGUGUCUUCUUAUAAUGGAUUUAUUGACGACUCAAGUUCUUGUCUUUAUUUCAUCCCAGCUUUUACUUGUGGUUUUCAUGUUUGGCAACACAGCUAAGACUGUGUUUGAAGCUAUUAUAUUUAUUUUUGUAAUGCACCCAUUUGAUGUUGGUGAUCGCUGUGUCAUUGAUGGUGAUCAGAUGAUUGUGGAAGAGAUGAACAUACUGACUACAGUAUUUUUGAAAAGUGACAACGAAAAGAUUUUCUAUCCAAAUUCAGUUCUGGCAACCAAGCCAAUCAGUAACUUCUACAGGAGUCCAGAAAUGAGUGAUUCAGUUGAAUUUGCUGUUGAUAUUUCUACUUCUAUAGAAAGUAUUGGAGCUUUAAAGGCCAAGUUAAAAGCAUAUUUGGAAAGUAAGCCUCAACACUGGCGCCCCAACCACAGCAUAACGGUUAAGGAUAUUGAGAAUGUAAAUAAGAUGAAAAUGAGUCUAUCCGUCAAUCACACCAUAAAUUUUCAGAAUUACGGGGAUAAGAGCAGCCGAAGAUCUGAUUUGGUCCUGGAGUUAAAGAAAAAUCUUGAAGAACUUAAUAUUAAAUAUCAUCUGCUGCCACAAGAAGUUCAUCUCAGUUAUGUAAGGUCAUAAGACUCAACGGCACAAACAUGUUGAAGAUACCUUUCAUAUGGUGCAAGCAUGUAGCACAAUUUUUCUGUGCGAUUAUUGUGGUUCUUGACUAAUGAUUCCCCCAUAGUCUAUCCAGUUUGGCAUCAAAGAUGGUGUGACAGAUUGACGAUCUACUUGUUUCUAGGGGAACAAAAAAGUGAAAUUGGUUUGUGCAGUCAAAGUGUUUGUGUCGAGCUUCUUUUUCUACUCAAUGUGAGACUCUUAACAUUGUCAUUGAUAUCCACAGUGACUCCUAAUCUAUCGAUACUAACUCAAUAAUAGUCUUUUUCCUUUUGAUGACUUUACUCACCUAUUAGUAUUCAACAUUUCACCUUAAUCUAACCUAUAAAUAGUCUUUUCUAUAGUCCAACUCUCAAUAAAAAUAUUAAUUGUUAAGAUUGAUCCAUUUAAGUAUCAUGUCAAACUUUUUUAUUUUACCCAAUGGAGCCCUUACAGUUUCCCUGUGAACUGUUUGUGGUACAAGAUGUUUGAUGGCAUUGUUGUAUGAAGAAGUGACAAAAAUCACUCCCAGAGCUCUUACUUGAAAGAAAGAACACAAGUUGUGUCAUGUGUCUUUGUACACUUUUGGAGGUCUAGACUUGCAAAUUGCACAAAGGAUGUCAAGUUGCCAAAUACUAAAGAAAAGGAAGGGACUGGGGUGGGGACAGGCAUUAGGAAAAUUGGAAAAGUUCAAAUCACAUGAUCUGUUUCUCAUUUUAUUUUAUUUCAGUUCCUUUUACUAAUGUGUAAGAGGCUGAGUCAUGUUUAAGUAUCAUGAUCUGUUGUUGUUUAUCUUUGUAUUAUCAAUA